AUGGACACCAGAGCAAUCAUCAAAGCUUCCAGUUUCCUCAUCCUGACAAUCAUCAGCAUUCCAGCCAAUGUUUUUGUCUGCUGUGCUUUCCUACACAGCUGCUUGAUAGGUGCUUGGCCUCAAACGGCUGACAUCAUUCUUUGUCACCUGGCCUUUGCCAACCUCAUGGUAGCCUUUACUCGUAGUAUCCCACAGACAAUAGCUGCCUUUGGCUAUCUAAACCUCUUCAAUGAUGUUGGCUGUAAACUCACCAUCUUCUGCUUCCGUGCCUUCCGUGGUCUCUCCAUUAGCCUUACUUGUCUGCUUUGUGUCUACCAGGCAGUAGCCAUCUCACCUGCUACCUCCCUUCUUGCCCCUCUGAAAAUUAGUAUCCCUAAGCAUCUGCAGUAUAUCAUCAUAUUUCUCUAUGUUCUCUACUAUUCCACAAGUGUCACAACUGCACUUAAUGCUGUUUCCAGCCUCUUCAAUAACACAAUUCCUCCAUAUACAUUUAAUUUAGAGUACUGCUUUGUUGUAGGUAAGGAAUAUUCUGUAUAUAUUUCCAUGAGCUUUGGGGUCAUGUGCAGAGACCUUUUGUUCAUUUUGUUAAUGAUCGUCAUGAGUGGCUACAUCCUAAGACUACUAUACCGUCAUAGUAAAAAAAUGAAGAACAUCCUCAGCUCAGACAACAGCCAAAAAGGAGGGAGAGCAGAGGCUAAAGCUUCACGGGCGGUGGUCACCUUGGUCAUCUUGUAUAUUGUCUUCUUUGGCAUUGAUAACGUCAUCUGGGUAUACUCCCUGACCAUCUCAAGAGUGGCACUUCUAAUUUCUGACAUCCGGGUCUUCUUUGCAACCCUAUACACUUCAGUAUGUCCCAUUGUGGUCAUCACCACUAAUCCAAAAGUCAAAAGGAAAUUAAAACUUUUCAAGAUAAAGAAAGAAGUCCAGCACACAGAGAGAAUUUAA